GCAGCGCUGAUCCCCCCUGGCUCUGGAUGCCUGCUCGGCUUCUGGGGGCUCUCUGAAACACCCGGGAAGCGAAAAUGUCCCUUAGCAGGAGGAACUGGUCCGAUCUGUCCAGCCUGGCCAGGCAGAGGACCCUGGAGGAUGAGGAGGAGCAGCAAAGAGAGCGCCGGCGAAGGCACCGGAACCUUCUGUCCUCCACAUCCAUGGAUGAGGAACCUGCCAGCCCUGUCAAAGACACCAGCCCAGCUUCCAGCAGGCCUCCAUCCCUCGUGAAGCUGCAGUCCCUGGAGGAUGGGGAGGAGCAGAAGACACAAGAAGGGAGAAGGACGAGGUGGCUCCCAGCCGCGUGUGAGAAGCCGAGGCAGGAGCCGGAGCAGAAGGAGCCAGGGGUGGGAGGAAGCUGCCCGGAGCCAGGAGCGCAGCCCCGCAGGAGGCAGGAGAGCGGCCGGGCUGCAGAGCAGGGCCAGGAGCCGGCCAAGGGCAGAGGGGACCCAGCAGGAGACAAGAACCUGGAGCCAGCCUCCGAGAGGAAGGGGAUGGUGAGGGCACGGCUCCAGGACAAGGAGCAGGGAGCGUGGACUCCUCGGGGGGAGCAGAGGAAGGAGCCGCCCGAGGUGGGGAGCUGCCGGCUCCGGGAGGUGAAGAUCCUCACCAGGGUGGGAAACCGGAGCACAGAAGAGAAAACCUCGGCUGGGACCUCAUCCCCGGAGCAGCAGCAGCCACCCAGGAACCCCUCAAAGCAGGUAAUCCAGGAGUUCCCUCCCCGAGAUGAACCUGCAGAAAAGCCAGACCCUUCUCCAACUCACAUCACCUUCAGCAGCUCCAUCCGACGGGCCAGCCCAAGAACUGUCUCCUUUAGGAUCAUCUCCAGGAAGCAGAAAGAAGAGAGCCCAAGCCCUCUCACAAGGAGUGCGAGCCUGAGGAUCCCGGGCAGCAACAGCACCAUUGGGGAGAAGCUGGAAAAAUACAACUCGGCUGUGCAGCGCUCAGAGGGGGUGAAAUCCUCCGUGCCUGUCCACAAGAGUCGCCCGCUCUCCUCGGAGGGGGUGGCGAGCAAGCGCAACUUCUUCGAGGGCAGCGCUCCCGGCAAGGCAGAGGCAGUGGUGGUGAGGAAGGACAGCCUGAGGAUCCCAGGAUCAGUGACAUCCCGCAUUAAUCUGUGGAUCAGCCGGGCUCAGGAGCCUGCCAAGGAGGAAAAUACCAAGGAAAUCCGGAGAAUCAACAGCCUGCCAAAGCGAGACGUCUGGAUAAAGCAGCCUGGAGACACCUCUGGAGACACCAAGUUGCAGUAAUACCAGCUGUUGUAUCAAACCAUCUGGGAAAAACUGGUUUGCUCCAAAGAUCACAGCCCAGCCCUACCCAACCGUCCAAAAGCCACUGCCACGAGUCCCCUGUGCCACGUGUGGGUGCAGGCCAGGUCAUGGGGUCCUCUGCUUGUGGGAUGGGAAGGAAGAAGCCUGGCAGAGUGUCCCCGUGCCCCCAGUCCCCACUCACUGCCUGUCUGGGGGUGUCCAGGCCACCAGGCUCCCCACAGAUGCUGAAGACAAACUCCUGCCUUGUUUGCCCACCACAUUUUGCUGUUCUGUUCCUGAUCUCUGCCCGUGCCCCAGGACUGCCCUGGCAAAGGGGAUCCCCCCCCCACGGCUCCCUGGCAGCUGGAAGAUGUCAGUGGGGCGAGAACCUGCCUGGCCAAGGGAGUUCCAGCCUCACCUCCAUGGACCGUGCCCGUCCCUGCUGCCUGGUGGGGCAGGGGGUGUCACCCCCUGCCAGGCUGUCACUGCCAGGGUGACCCAAGCAGAGGAUGAUGUUCAUGAAGUCACACCAGUGCUCCGAGGUGUCCCAUGGAAGAAGGGGGAGCUCGGCCCUGGGGCUUCCUUCCACACACAGCUGAACCAGAGACUGCUCCUUGUCCCUGUCCCUGCAGGCAGUGACCCCCCAUCCAGUGAUGCAGGGAGGGUGAGCUGGCCCUGGCCGUGGCCACAGCCCUGUGUGGGGCUUGUCAUGGAGCUGAGUGCCCUGUGCUGGGCCCCAUUUCCCUCCUGCCUUCCUGAGCCCUUUGCUGCGUAGCCCCUGAUCCUGCAUUCCCUGUGGAAUGUCCCCAGCAGGGACAGGGGAUGCUCUCUUGAGGCCUUUAGGGUGCCAUGGACAAAAGGCUCAAACUCUCUUAUUGGGGCCAUUCUUUGGGUUUGGGUUGUGCUUUGAGAAACCACUGUGGUGACAAAUCCAGCGUGGGAAC